AUGAGGCCUAGAGAUAUAUAUGAUAUGGGAGAAGUGAACCUUAUGGAAUCACAAGAGCCAAUAAUGGAAGACAUACCUUUUUGUGAGCAAAAUGUUGGGAAUAUUGAAGAACUACGUGCGAGACGAUGCAAUGAUAAUAGUUCAAAUUUACUUGUGAGAUUUCUCGGCGAACUUGCUAAAAAAUCAGCAUUUUGUCCUAUAUCUGUUGAAAGAUGGGAUGAAAUGUCAGAAAAGAAUAGUAAAGCAAUUUGGAACUGCAUCAAGGAUCAUUUGGUGUAUGAUUAUGCUGCUGGUAUCAAAUGGACAUGGGCAACCCUAGCAGAAAGAUGGAAGGAGCUACAAUUGAAUAGACCUGUAUGUCGUGUUGAGGUUAUAUUUUCAACUUUGCUUAAAAAGAAUGGAAACUAUGUGAAUGAGGAAGGAAAAUCCAUUGCAGAAAAGAUAUCAGAGAACUUGUCUCAAGAUCAAGAACGUGUUGCCACUGAAGGUGUUCCAUCAAAGAUUAAUGCAUAUCCAGAUGAUGUCAUUGGCAAAGUGUACGGAGCUGAACAUUCAGGUCGAGUGCGUGCUUUAGGUGUUGGUGUUUGUCCCACGAGUGUUUUCAAGACGCGCAAAUAUUUCACGCAAUUUGAGAGUGUUGGUAGCUCUAGCCAAAAAAAUGUUGAGGAGUUACAAAAGGAAGUGCACACUUUGAAAGAAAAGCUAAAUGGAUAUGAAGAGACUAAGGAGCAACUUUCACAAACACAAGAUCAACUUAAAGUUCUCCUUAAUUUUAUGCAAAGAAAAUUUGGUGAUGAGUUACCUACUUUCAACCAAGGUUUCCCUUCACCUUAG